GGAGUAGUCGGAUCUCUUGCUCACUCUGUCGCCGUCCUGGCGGCGCUGGUUAAUGGAUUAUACACUUUCCCUUCAAGUACGACAGCAGCUAGCGGUGUUUCCGACUCAUUUCUGUCAGAGUUACAGCGUAGAGUUACAGAUGAAGUCAACAGAAGUGGACCAAGGGCUAUUCACAGACAGCUACUGCAGAGUGUGCAGUGCUCAGCUCAUCUCAGAGUCCCAGAGGGUCGCUCAUUAUGAGAGUCGAAAACAUGCCAAUAAAGUACGGCUGUAUUACAUGUUACAUCCUGUGGAUGGAGGCUGCCCUGCCAAGAAGCUCAGAACAGACAAUGGCAGCGAGGAAGGAGACGUCGACAAGAAUAAAUGUUGCACACUGUGUAACAUGUCUUUCACAUCAGCAGUGGUUGCACAGUCACACUACCAGGGUAAAAUCCAUGCCAAGAGGCUAAAAUUGCUACUUGGUGAUCAGCCGUCCAUCACGACCCAAGAGGCAUCUCCCAGUCCUAUAAAGAACUCUCCAGACACAUCUCCUAUGACCUCUCCUCGACACCGACGUGACUCAGAUCGCUACUGCCAACUAUGCAAUGCUUGGUUCAACAACCCUGGCAUGGCUCAACAACAUUACGAUGGUAAAAAGCACAAGAAGAAUGCUGGCCGAGCAGACCUGCUGGAGCAACUGGGCAAGACUCUGGACAUGGGGGAUAUGAACGGUCUGAAACGAAACUAUACCUGCGACGUGUGUAGCGUGACUUUGAACUCUGUGGCACAGUACCACGCGCAUCUGCAAGGCUCAAAGCACCAAAACAACCUGAAGAAUCAAAUUUGUGUCCAGUGAGCGUGAGACAAACUAACAACACUGGAUUGAUGUCAGACAAGCUGUGGUCAGCUUGGCCCGCUUUUUUUCUGCCUCUGCUCUGCAAACUGUCCUCAUUCCCUUGUCUGUCUUUCACAGUCAGUUUGGCGUCGCCUGGAAAAUGAAGGAUUUUUUUUUUUUUUUUUUGAGGGGCCUUUCCUAUUGCAGCACUGUAUCAUGAUCUCACCUGAGAGAAAUGGAGCUAAGGGCCAAACAACACACUGCAAAACAUUGAAAACAUUACAUUUGCAUGGUUGAGCGCUCAUAUUGACCUGACAUGACACAUUAAUUGUAGAGCAGUUCAUUUACUACUAGUCAAACAGAAUUCAGAUCUGUUGGUAAAUUGCAGCUUUUCUACAUGGUAUUAAAUAUAAUUUCUAGCAUUACAAAAGGUGUGCUACAAUACCUUUGACUUCUUGACAAUUAAGAUGAAAUUUUUUUAGUCCUUGAAAAAUAUGAUUUAUUUUUGGAGUAUUGUGUUUUUAUUUUGCAUUAAGUAGCAAUAAGAGUUUUGGACUUAUACUGACGACUAAAUUUUGGUUGCAUAAUAUAGUUUUUAUGCAAGAUGAAAAAAAAAUUACAAUUGUGGAAUUGGUACAUAAUUAUUCUGUCUGAAUCUGUUGUUAAUACCAGCUGUUAUUUUGUGUUAGAUAGAAAGUGCACUACGUUAUUAGUCAUUGAAUCCAAAAUUAAAGUGGAAAUCGCAUGAUAGAAGUUUCCAUAUUCUACCGCAAGCGGGUUUGGGGUUUUUUCACUUACUCUGGCUUCUUCGAACAUUCACAAAACUACUUCCUAGGUACACUGAAUAAUUUGAAUUAUGACAGCUGAGGUCCCAGAUGAGAUCUUUAGCUAAAAUUAUAAUAGAGGACAAAUUUUUAUUCAGAUUUUUUUUCUUAAGUUUUUCCAUAUGUUAGCCUACUUUGUAUAUUUUUGUUGAAUGCUAUUGGCUUUGAAAUGGUUCCUCUGGUCAAGACAACUUCAGUGUAGUGUUGUCUUUAUCUCUGGGAGAUGUGGCUGCUGUAGCGAAAUGUUGGUUCAAAACCUUUCAUCACACUAUGUAGACUUGUGGAAUGUUUGUAAAAAUGUUUAAGUGGAUUAAAGUAACAAAAAAUGAAGGCCUCACUAAAGAGUAUUAGAUAUUGUGGCAUGUGGUAUCUCGACAUACGAACUCAUCCACUUACGAUUCUUUCGACAUAUGACGUAAAAUUUGGCUCGUCAUCUAUCUUGACAUAUGACGACAUGCUCGAAAUACAACGAUUUACAACAGUGUCAUAAUUUCAUUGUUUUCACGCAAGACUGCAGCACGUCGGAUUUUCCUGUGAGAGAAAUCAUGCCUCCCAAGAUGGUUCGUGCAGGUGGUAGUAGUGGUGAAAAAAGGAAAGAGGUGACUCUUACCAUUGAAAUGAAAAAAGAAAUCAUAGGGAAAAAAUGAGCAUGGUGUACGUGUGAGUUAACGGGACAGACAGUAAGGCCCACAACAUGGCUCACUGUAUCAUUCUCUAGUUCACCAGUAAGUUAAGGUAACAGUAAUAAUGUUGUUGUUGUUUUUUUUUUUUAAUUUCUUAUUUAAUCAUAAUUUGUUUUGCAUGUGUCUAAUUUAAUGCAUUGGCAGAACACAGCUCAAAGUCUCCUCCUCUACCUCCACACCCGUCACCCCCGACCUCUGUUCGCCAAUGUCUAUAAGGUUAGGAAACAAUAAAAAUGCCUUUUUAUUUAAUAUUUAUAAUUUAUUUGUUUUGCUAUCUGUAAUUGCUAUUUGUAAUUCUACUUGCAGUAUUUAUAAAGGAUUUAUUAUACUGCGAAUUGUCGAGGUACCACUGUAUA